CUACCUCACCCAAUGAUGUCAAUGCUUCUGUUCUCCCUGCAAACUACAGUCACGCAGGAGGAGGAAGAGGCGGAGGCAGGAAGCAGCGUGGGCCGCCUCCUCUGCUGUGUGUCACGGCCUGCGUCACAGCCACACGCCGGGAGGGAGUUUUCCACUGACGAGACCGAGAAAGAGAGAGAGAGACGGGGAAAAAAGCCCGAGCGACUCGCCGCUGUGCUCCAGACAAGAGGACGCGCUCGAGCCGCACAGAGGAAGACAAUAGCUCGCCGAACCCCGGGUGUGAAGAUUCGUGUCCUCGGGGAGGAUCAGAAAGUGAACCUUCCACGUUCCGCUUUAUGGUUUCCCACGCAUUUAUUCGGAUUAAUCCCAUUAUUUGCCACUCAUGUUGAUCGGACAGCCGGACACUUGCUGAUUGUCCACGCUAGCACCAUGAGCGGGCUUCUCAAGAGGAAGUUCGAGGAAGUGGGCGAGGACCCGUGCUACUCCUCACCCUCGCCUUCCUCGCUCUCAUCGGCCUGCUCUGCUUGGGACUCGGAGGGCGAGAGUUGCUACUCGGACACCCUGGAUUCCACCCCCAGCAAUCCCGGCUCCCCAGCAACGCAUUUCAACACAACAUCCAUCCUCAAGAAAUCCAAGCGUGCUCGCCGGAGUAAUGUCACCUUCGACCAGGUGACGGUCUUCUUCUUUCCGCGGUGCCAGGGCUUCACCAGUGUGCCCAGCCGAGGGGGAUGCACCCUGGGCAUGACGCCCCGGCACAGCGCCCACCGCACGUACACGCUGACUGAGUUCGCCGCGGAGCAGCGGUUACUACGCCGGGAGAAGCUCCUCAACCGACUGCGGGAAGAGAAGCUGGAGGCUCUUAAAUUAAAGCUUACCAAGAACGGAACCCAGGAUAGCGAAGAAGCCGAGCGGCUGACGGUGGACGAUAUUCCCGAACGGGACGUGGACAUGAGCGGCGCCAAUUUCGAGGAGGGCUCCUUCCUCCAGCCGUACCCGUCCAAGCGGCGCUACGCUCUCCUCAAAGCCGCCGGCGUCAAGAAAGUGGACAAGGAGGAGAAGAGACAGCUGCAUGAGCUCAGAAUCUCCAGGGAACGUUGCGGAUGUGACUGUCGGGGGUUCUGCGAGCCUGAAACUUGUGCCUGCAGCCUGGCUGGCAUCAAGUGCCAGAUGGACCAUUCGUCGUUCCCAUGUGGCUGCACGAAGGACGGCUGCGGGAACACGGAAGGCCGCAUCGAGUUCAACUCCACGCGAGUGCAAACGCAUUACAUCCACACUAUCAUGAAGCUAGAGCUGGAGAAGCGUCUCGAGGAGCAGUCAAGCACCGAGGAAGAGGCGGCGGAUACCAGGCCGACGACCGGCGCCCCUCCGACGACUCCCGCCCGGUCCUACCCCUUCAAUUCCGAGCUGGCGUCCAAUGGGGACAACAGCUGCAGCAGUGACAUGACGGACUUGUCGGAAUCGUCGGCGCAAAGCGACGACUCUGAGGGCAACGGGAGCCCGUGCGGGCGGCGCGAAGCGCUGGACGUUGAUGAAAAAGGCCUGAGCCGCAUCCUCAGCUUCAACGACACGGAAAACGGGGACGAUAAGGACGUUCGUUCCCGGCCGGCGCCGGAAACAUUCGGCAGUUUCAGCAUGGCGGACUUCGCAGACGAGAACGACAAUGUCGACACGGCGCAGUUGGACAAUCGGGCCGUCUCAGAACUUUUAGACGAGAACGCCAACCAGGGCAACGGGCUGUUUCACAGCGGCAGCGUCCCGCACACGCCCUCGCCAACCGUCGACCGCUCGGCGAGCUACAACAUGGACCUCAGCCUCUCGUCCGAGUCGGACCUUGAGUUCUUCGACGGCUUUCCCUGCCUGGGGCCAAGCUCGCUCUACAACUCUCUCAAGGAGUACGAGCACAUGGACAACUUUUUCCACUUCCAGCUGCCGAGCUACCCUAGCUUGCCGGCGUCGGGGGACCCGGGCACUUGCCUCUUGGAAUCUCUCAUCGGACUUUCCGAAUCGGUCCCCGAACCGCCUCCCGCUUUUACGGACAAUCAAAUGUUGGAGGAAGCCAUGAAGUUGUCUGUCAUGGAGUCGGUAAAAGUUUGACUACGCGAGUAGUUCAAAUUUGAGGAUUUUUGGUGAUUCAUGUCGGAAUUCGGAGGAAGCUGUGAUCUUCUUUGCCUGAAGUCCAAACUAGCCUUCAAUGAGUUUGAUUCACGGACACCAAAACACACCAUGAGAACGCUCAACCAAACCCAAGAACGGGAGCAGAAACGAGCCGUAACAACACAGCUGAAUGUGCACCUCAGGGAUUCUUUUUUUCAUGGUUUUCGGACGCCAUAGCUGCGAUGUUUUUGCCUUCUUGGAUGCCUCCCUUCUCGUCCACGUCCUUCAAAUGACGUGGCUGGGGGAGCUCCUAUUUUUGUUUUUAAUAAUACUCCCAAGAGGCUCGCAUGGUACAAAAAUAAAAGGAAAAAAAAUCCCGCUCGAUCAGCACUUUAUCUGGACUCAAAGGCAUCGUUUUGAUCGCGUGGGAUGUGUUUUACUGUUGAAUUCUGGUGUUUUUCAGCUUAAAUGAUCCUAAAGCUGUACUGUUUUUUUUCUUUAUCACAUAAGUUAUUUCCUGCAAGGAUUCUAAUUUAUUUCCCACUCGGAAGCACUGUGCUUUCAUGUCUUUCACAACCGUCAAGUGCAAUCAUCCUCAUGCCCGUUUGUUUUUUUUCUUCUCGUUUUAUUUAAUGGAAUCCUUAACGGAAAAAGGCCAUUGAAUUUAUUUAAUAUGUGCUGACUAACUUAUUAUCUCACCAGUUAUUUAAUUCUUUUGGCAAUAAAAAUGGAGCCGUUGGAAGCCAAGCAAGAAAACUGUGGAAGAGGGGGGGGGAAAUCGCUAAAUUAUGGCAUUUAUUGUAUUUCUGCCGAUGUAAUGUAACCAUAGAGAGAGAGAGAUGACUAAUAUUUUGUAACUAACUUAUGUAGGUUGACAAAAAGAGAAUUCUAAUGAAAUCACUGACAAAUUGAGUAUUUUAUUAAGCGGAAACAUUUUCAAUCGGGGGGAACAAACUUUAUGAUAUAUGAACUAUAUUACAUUUAUGGUCUAAAGUAUUUUUCACGGGCAGUUUUCAGCGUCGUGUCGCUCCCAAAAACAAAAAAAACGAUCGAUUUGAUUGUAUUCUGAAUUUUCCUCGGAAGUCUGUGACUCGAGUUACAGCGUGUUUUAUCCAUUUAAACAAGGGGAGAGGGGUUGCCUGAUAAAAACUGCAUAUAUUAUACAAUUUUUAUCACGCGUGCAGAACCCUCAAUGCAAAGUUGUUGCCUCGUUUUAAAGGAGACAUAUUAUGCAGAUUGUUUUUCACAAUUUAAAAUAUAUUAUGAGUGUUUUAUUAUGCAAAUCACUCUGUUUCGGAGGGGGCAGUUUUGGGAAAAUGCAGCUUUACGUUACCAUGACAACCUGUGUUGUCGGAGCCUCUGACUCGGUUUAAUUUCACACCUAAUGGGGUGGUGAGGCAUUUCAGAUUAGCUGUUUGUAUGCAAUCAUUUAAAGUCGAUUUUUUUCCCCAUACUAUGUCGCCUUUAAAAUACUUUUCCCAGCAAGUUAAUGUGAUGGAAGGGUUCCAGAGUCGAUGUACAUAUCUCACCUCUGUUCAGCAGCCUUUCGGCACUCCCUUUCAUGCAGGGCGGGGGAACAUUUCGACCUAUGUUCGGGUUUUCCGUGUCAUCGCAUCAACUGUGUUCCCUUACUUCUGCUCUCCAACUCAAUGCAUGCAGGUCCCUCGGUUUGCUUGUUGAAAAGUGCAGCAAAUUGGAAAUGUAUUCGCUCUUUGCCUUUUUUUUCUCUUUUUUGUAUUCAUUUAAAAUUUUUAUCCGAUGAUGCCGUGCAGUUCUCUUGUUCAAAAACAACGUGGAAAAACAGUGAGUGUUUAUCAAUGUCAUGUAUUAACUGUACCGCUCCCCCCUUUCUCCACUUCAAAGAACGUGUCUUACAUGUUUGGGAGGGGGGGAUUUUUGGGGCCUUUGUUGUUUAUGUACAUAUUUCUGCUUAAACGCUCCUGCAGAGCAAACAAAAGCUGCUUUAUUUUUUACAUGCUCUCACUUUAACCUGCUGUUUGACGGUCUUUUCAUCCAAGCCAUUUUGACAGCCUGCCCCUCGAUAUAAUAAAACAUUUUCUAAA